GGAAAAUUCAAAAAUGGCGUCGUCUUCGUCAAGUAAUUCAUGGAUUCUCUCUCUGAAAGUUCUGUUAGUCUCCGUUGGCGUUGUAUCUACAGCUAUGGCGAUGAAAUUAGCCGUUCCAUUGAUGUUGAACUUCGCCGUAUACGACCUCCCUGUGAUUUGGUACGUUGUCGUCUCCUGGCUCAAGCCUCCGUAUCUCUAUGUUGUCAUAAACGGAAUCAUCAUCACCAUCGCCGCCUCCUCACGCUUCCAACACAACCGUCACCAGGAGAAUCAAUCUCAGCAGCAGGUUGAUCCACCAAACGCUCUUUCACCGUCAGAUCUAACGUCUGGCUUGCCUCCGGUGACGAUUCAUCCGAGUUUCGGUUGUGUGGAGCAUCCUACGGUCGCUUACGAUAGUGAGCCUAGCGUAAUGGUGGAGCCUCCAGUGGUGUAUGAGAGUAAACGUGGGGUUAUGGAUGUGGAAACGGUGGCUGUGAGUGGUUCAGAGGUUGUUAGAGGAGUUGAGGAUGAGUUUGUUGUGUCGAGAUCCUCGUGGAAUCCACCGCAGAAUAUAAUUAACUCUCCUCCACCUCCAAAAAAGGUUCAAUCGGAGUUCAUUUUGACAGUCAAAGAGAAACAACUCGUAACGUCCAGAUUCGCUCACCAUCGUAAACCGACAAAAACCAGUCCAGAAGGUGCCAGAGCACUGAGGGUGCUGAAGCCUAAGAAGCACGAAACGAUGGAGAGCACGUGGAAGAUGAUAACCGAUGGCCGUCACAUGCCGUUGACGAGGCACCUCCGGAAGUCGGACACCUUCGGAAACGUCCACCGCGACAACCAGUCCGACGACUCCCCAGCGGCAGCGAAGACGAAGGUGGUGAAGAAAUCAGAGACGUUCAAGGACCGUAUAAACUACGAGAACGAGAAUCAGUAUCCACAUCCGUCGUCGAGAAAUUCGUCGCCGGCGUCGGGAGGGAAGUUGAGGAAAGAGGGAUCAAUGAGUCACGACGAGUUGAAUCGGCGAGUUGAAGCGUUCAUAAAGAAGUUUAAUGAUGACAUGCGGUUGCAGAGGCAGGAGUCCCUGAAUCAGUACAUGGAGAUGGUUAACCGUGGGCCCCACUGAUAUAAAAGAAGAAUUUUGUUCCUUGAAAAUAGUUUUUGAUAUUUUCAAAUAUUAAAUAAAAACAAAAAAAAAGAGUUUCUUUGGGUAUUAAAUUAUGAAAGGAGUUAGUUUAGAUAUACGAUGAUGGUGGGUGGGGGAAUU